AUGGAAAUGGUGGAAUGCCUAGAAGGCAGUGGAGUAUUUGGAUCUGCAGCUAGGAGGAGGGACAAGCCAUGGGAGCAAGUGCUACUACUUGUGAAGGCUACUGUUUAUGAUGUAGCCAUUCCUCCAAGAAAGGGCCCCAACAUGACCCAUUGGUGUGAAUCCAACUGGACCAGCCCACAGGAGUUCGUGAUCCUGGGCUUCUCUGGGUGGUCCCAGGGGCUCCGUGGGCUGCUCUUUGCACUCCUUCUGCCACUAUAUCUGGCCACUCUGGCAGGAAACCUGCUUAUCCUAGGACUGGCCCUGGUGGACCCCGCCCUACACACUCCUAUGUACUUCUUCCUGGGGGCUCUGUCUGCCGUGGAGGUGGCCUACACACUGGUGCUGACUCCGCGCAUGCUUGCAGGAUUCCUACUGCCUCCUGGUGGCCAACCUGUGGCCCCCUCCACCUGUGCUGCCCAGAUGGGUCUCUUUGUGGCACUGGGGGGCUCUGAGUGCCUGCUGCUGGCUGCCAUGGCCCUGGACCGCUAUUUGGCCAUCUGCCGUCCACUCUACUACCCUCAGCUCAUGACCACUGGACUCUGCUGGAGCCUCCUGGCUGCCUGCUGUGCAGGUGGCUCUGUCCUAGCCUUGGGCCUCACCACUGCCAUCUUCCAACUGCCCUUCUGCCAUGGUGGCCUGGUUAACCAUGUCUUCUGCGACCUACCAGCCGUGCUAGUGCUGGCGUGUGGGAACCGGGCGCUGCAGGAGCAUGUGCUGCUGGUAGCCUGCCUGCUGCUGCUGGUGCUGCCCCUACUCCUCAUCCGUGCUGCUGUUGGCCUGUUUGCUGCUGCUGUGGUCAUCUUGGGAGUUGGUGGAGCUGCAGGCCGCCGCAAGGCCUUCAACACAGUGGCAUCCCAUCUUACUGUGGCUGUACUCCACUAUGGCUGUGCCACAGCCAUGUAUGCCAGGCCCCUGAGCAGCCGCUCCCUGGAGGAGGACAAGCUGGUCUCGCUCAUCUACAUCAACCUCACACCACUGCUGUACCCAGCCAUCUACACACUGAGGAACCGAGACAUGCAGGGUGCCCUGCUGCGGGUGGUCAGCCAGAAGACACCAGGGAUGGUCCACCAAGUUGAUCUCACCUAG